UGCCGCCGCCAGCCCGCUACACGUGUGGCAGGUGUAGCCCACGGCCCACCAGGGUGUGCGGGCGAGGCGGGGGGCGAAGUCGUCGUCGUCGACGACGACGGCGACGUGGACCACGCAGAUGGACCCGUCGUGCCCUCCGUUCCCGCAGGCGCCGCCGCUGCAGCUGCAGCCCGGUCUGCCCGGGCUGGAGCUGCCGACACUGGACCUGGAGCGCGUCGGCGGCGACGGCAGGGCGGCGCUGGCGGCGGCCUGCCGGGAUCUGGGCGUGUUCCGGGUGGUCAACCACGGCGUCCCCGGCGAGCUCCGUGGGCGGCUGAUGGAGCUGGGGAAGCAGCUGCUGGGUCGGGAGCCCUUCGAGCUGAAGAAGGCGCAGCCGGGCUACUUCUGGGGAACGGCGGCGCUGCAGUCGCUCCGCGUCAAGGACGUCAACUGGCUGGAGGGGCUCCAUGUCGAUCUCGUCCCCGGCUCGUCGCCGUCUCCGUCGCGGGUCGGCGAUGGUGGCGAUGGCUGGAUUCGGGUCAGGGCGCUCAUGGCGGAGUACGGCGACCACAUGGCCCGCAUCGCCCGCAAGCUGUUCGACGCCCUCGCCGCCGAGCUGGGCCUCGACGGGCCCCAGACGGCGUCCUACCUCGCUGAGCGCCGGGGCUUCCUGCGCCUGUACCGCUACCCGCCCUGCCCCUCCUCCCACUCUCGCCUCGGGAUGGAGCCCCACACCGACAGCUCCGUCCUCUCCAUCAUCCUCGGCCAGGACCACGCCGGCGGCCUGCAGGUGCUCCGUGGCGGCGCGUGGCACGACGUCUCCCCGGCGCCCGGCGAGCUCCUCGUCAACCUGGGCGACAUGAUGACGGCCAUAAGCGGCGGCCUGUACCAGAGCGCGCGCCACAGGGUGCUGGCGAGCCGGCCCUCCACGGAGAGGCUGUCGUGCUGCUACUUCGCCUUCCCGCGGGACGACGCCGUCCUCGAGGCGCCCGGCGGCAUCAGCAGCGCGUACAGGCCCUUCUCCUACAGGGAGUUCCGCGAGCAGGUGCAGGCCGACAUCAAGGCCACCGGCACCAAGGUCGGCCUCAGCCGCUUCCACGCCACAACCACCAGAUGACCCGCUGUCGCUAAGCUAAUAUAAAGGAUGGUAUGUGUUGUGCGGGUGAGGUGGAAACAAUCAAUGUGAUACAAAUGGUAACAAAGGUGUGAAGCUCAUGUCUUACAAGGAAACAAAAGCAAAGCUGUGAAGCACAAUUCUCAUUGUAUGAACUAAAAUAAAUGGCCAAACUUCAAGCUGCUUAAGGAAAGCCAGACAAAUAAUAGAAUGUGUUAGAUGAUUACUGUAAGGAUUCAGGAUUCUGGACUACCUAUACUGAAUUCGCCAAGAGCCCUACCGGAGCAACCAUGGCAUGCAUUGGAUGAUUAUUGUGGGGAUUACAUUGCAUAUAAUUGAGUUCAUCAGUAGCAUCCAAUUUGGUCAGCUGAUUGUGCAGUGCUGUGGGGUGCUUCUUCAGGGGCUCAGGGCUACCUGACUGUCGGUUAAUGUCUUCAUGAUUAUAUAGUAAAUCCUGUGUUGCACUGCUAUUCUCAAGAGUCAAAACUAAGCUUCAGAGAUUGAACGUUACAUGUCAGAACCAACCCAGAAUACAUUGGAAGCUGUUAUUUGUACAUGGAUGUAAAAAAAGGACUCCCAUAAUAUAAUUGCUGAAGGUAUGUAUUA